UCCUAUGCUGCCCCCUGGAGGGGACAUUCUAAACCAUCACAAAACAAACGCCACCGCGCAAACGCCAUACGCGGCUUAACUCCGCAACUCUUGUGUCGAGGCUUUCAUUCGUUACACCGUAAUUGUGUAAAACGUCAAGGAAGGCAAAGUGAAGUUUGUGUUUACACGCUGCGGCUCUGAGACACCGAGGUGUCUUUUAUAGAAGACUCGGACGCUGGCUCGCCGGGCGACACCGGUCUCGACUAGAGCUGCUGCCGCGCAGGGGCGAGGGAGCUCGGCAGGGGCGCCACGACUGCCCGGUGUAGGCCCCGGCGCCCGGCCAGGUCAUUAUUACAGCACGUCAACAAAAGGGGAAGACAUCUCAAGUGCCAAGCAGGCGUUCAUCACGACGACUUUUUUUUUUAUCAAUCAUCACCAUCGAGCUGGGAUGCCUGGAGCCAGCGUGCGUCUCUCAUCGCGACUACUGCUUUGUCCGAACUGGAGUAGCCUUGCCCCAUGGAGGACCAAGUGUCCCCGCCUCCACUGUGGUCUAAGAACUCAGCCCUGGAGGCCUCUAGUCACCCUGGACACUUCGACAGUCAGAAAUUCGUCAUGUGUCGGGCUGAAGAUGCAGACGAACCCGACUGGAUGUUCCUUCACUGACGGUCAUCUCUCCUGGGCCAUCGUGAGGAGAUACUGCACCAGCAGGAGGGACUCCCUGCGGCUCUACCUGCAAAGCCUGCAGGUCGAGCAUGUGGCCGUGACCGAGGCCCUGAGGAGACACGGAGAGGGGACGGGGACCGGGGGUGACCCUCGCACGCUCAGGAAGCGGCAGCAGGAGCUGGCACCGCUCGUGGCGAUGAUCGGGUGCCUCGAGAACAAGCAGCGCGAGCUGCGUGAGGUGGAGGAUCUGCUGGAAAGUGUGGAGGCAGAAAAGGACCGGCACAUGCAGGCACUCGCAGUGGAGGAAAAGGAGAGAAUCCAAGGGGAGGCUGGGAACCUGGAGAGGAAGGUGCUGGACUUGCUGUUACCACAGGAUCCACAUGAUGACAGGGAUGUCAUCCUUGAAGUCACAGCUGGACGGACUACUGGAGGUGACAUCUGUCAGCGGUUUGCCGCUGAACUUUUUGACAUGUAUCAGGGCUUCGCCAAGCACAGAAACUGGGACUUUGAAAUCAUGAGCUUCGCUCUGGCAGACUGCGGGGGGCUGCACCACGCGUCGGCGCGCAUCACGGGCGACGCCGUGUUCCGUCACCUCAAGUUCGAGGGCGGCACCCACCGAGUGCAGCGCAUCCCGCAGACGGGCCUGUCCUCGCGCAUGGAGCGGAUCCACACGGGCACCACCACGGUCAUCGUGCUGCCACAGCCGCGGGAUAUCGACAUCAAGCUGGAGACAAAAGACUUGCGGAUUGACACGUUCCGAGCCAAGGGCGCAGGGGGGCAGCACGUGAACACCACGGACAGUGCCGUGCGGGUCGUGCACCUGCCGACAGGAUUGACUGCAGAGUGCCAGCAGGAACGAUCACAAAUUCGAAACAAGGAGAUGGCGCUUCAGAUCCUCAAGACGAAGAUGUACCAGCAGCUAUUCGAGUUAGAGGUGCAGAAAAGGCACAGCGCGCGCAGACUGCAGGUGGGAACACGAUCUCAGUCGGAGAGGAUUCGGACGUACACCUUGACGCAGGAUCGAGUGACGGACCAUCGCAUAUCGCUCACACUGCACGAUGUGCAGACUGUGCUGGAGGGCGGCCCGGCCUUCGAAGGCCUGGUGGAGACCCUGCUGCACGCGGCGGACGAGGAUGCUCUGGAUGAGUUGCUAGAGAGGGCGCAGCGCUCGACGCACAGCACUGGCCGCUAGCGAUCCACCAACUGGCAUAACCAACCCCACUGGCACUGGGAUCACAGCACGAGUGGCUAGUGCUCCACUGACACUACUGGCUGCUCUUAACGGGCGGUGGUACGGCCGAACGGUAGCGCGCUCGCCGCUUGUUGCAGAGGUUAAUAUGUGAAGAUGAACGGCGCUUUAUAAAAUCUAAAUUAUUAUGAAUUGUUCGAAUUCAGCGGCCACCCUGAUUAGUACUGGGGUUGUAAUAACCAUAUUUAAUACUACGCGCCAUCCGCCUCGAGUUAAACCGGACCUUAAGAAUCCCCUGACGUCUAAGCCAUUAUGUGCCGGCACCUAGGUCCAAAUUUGAAAGUUGCCUGCAUAUUGCCCAAUUGGGAUUACACACACAGCAGCAGUAGCAACCAUCGUCCCCGACUGGCAGAUUAAUGACCCAGGUCACUUGCAAAUGAGACUCAACAUGGCCUCUAUGAGUUCUCACCUGGGUAAAGAAACUCAACUUGAAACUUUACAUAGUGCCAACCACGAGUCACCACUUGAUCUCAGUACCAACCGCUAGUGCUUUGGCUGACAGCACUACCAUAGUCGCUGGCAACACAGCAACGGCAGCUAGCACUUUAAUCACAACUCGUCCCACAACAACACCCUGCUUGUGCUCGUGAAAACGUCUCUGCUGCAUUCAUGGCCUCCUCCAUUGGACUACCUGCGAGUUAGUUUUUCUUUUGGAUUCAAGUUUGCAGUUCUGCACCAGGGACGUCCUGCGGACUGAAACCGAUUCACCGUGUACCCGAUUUAAGCGUCUCCCAAUGACGUUCGCGGAAAAAAAAAAACCCACUUUUUUUAUCUUGCCGGUUGCGUUUUCAGAAAUGGCUCACAGGCGCACGUCACUGACGAAGCUCGUAAUUAAAGCGCACAUCGCCCUCGUCGAGAAGAGAACCCGUAGCCAGCCGGCAGUUGUGGCUGCCGUGCGUGCUGCCGUGCGCCCAUGCACAGUCGCGCACCGUAUUGGCUUUUAUAGGAUGGCCCUUGCACGUUCCAUUCUCGGCAGCACAGAUCAAAGGUGCAGUUUCGGUUGUUCAAAUCGCACAUGCUCGCUCUCUUACGUGCAAGUUCUCAUUUCUACUUUUACUUGUAAAAAAACGUUGGUGACGUGUGCAGCUCCCACGCUCUUUGUCAAUCUUCUGCGGGAUGAAGCCCUGCUGCUCAUGCCACGCGGGUCGUCGGAGUUACCUGACCAUGUUUCACCACACUGGUCAGUGCUGGUUGAAGGUGGGAAACAGAUGCGGGAGCAUAGAAGUGCAGUUUAACAACUGAUUUUGCUGCUGACAACAUAGGCUCACGACAGCCCUACAACUUGUCUUUUCCCUGGGAGUCGCCCAUCUGAGCACUAUUCAGAGUGAACUUCGCUUUGCUUCUGAGAUAGGGUGUGCGUUCUGGGUAAUUGGCUCGGAGAGAGUGGUAACAAGUGUCCAGAAUUAUCAACCUAAACCGUCAGUGGGUACCGCCUGGUGAGUGUUUUCAAUCGCCCAGGAAACUUGCAAUGUGCUCGCUACGAUGGUUCCAAAGUCAAGAUCAUAGAGAUGGCCGGCCCUGCUCUGCAUCUGAAAACGGCACAAUGGAGUAUAGCCAUUCAAACACGUUUAACUUCAGUUCGCGUGAAAUCACAAACGCCUUCAUCUCGUCUCGGCUCACUCCGAUUUCGAAGAUGCGGAAACACCAGAUUCCCUGGCCGUUAGGUUUGACCUUUUAUAAUAAUCACCAAUUGGAACUCGGGUAGCGCGACGUGGUUGUUUUCCCACCACCCACAUCAUUCGUACCUCGAUAUCGGUAUAUUCUCGGUCGGGAAAACAAAGUGUGUGUCAGCUGUCAACCAAGUAAAUUUACUUUACACUUUU